AUGGAUGAAGCCAAUCAUGUGGUCUCUGAGUUUGUGUUCCUCAGACUGUCUGAUUCAUGGAAGAUCCAACUCCUCCUCUUCCUCUUUUCCUCAGUGUUCUAUGUGUCAAGACCUAUGGGAAACCUGUUCAUUGUGCUAACCGUGACCUCUGACCCUCGUUUACAGUCCCCUAUGUACUUCUUGCUGCCCAAUUCCAUCAUUGAUUUGGUAUUUUGCUCCUCCACAGUUCCCAAGAUGAUUUAUGACCUUUUCAGGAAGAACAAAACCAUCUCUUUUUGGGGCUGUGUAACUCAGAUCUUCUUUAUCCACUCAGCAGGGGGCACUGAGAUUGUGCUGCUCAUAGCCCUGGCUUUUGACCGAUAUGUGGCUAUAUGUAAGCCUCUCCACUACCUGACCAUCAUGAGCCCACAAAGGUGCAUUUUGUUUUUAGUCAUUUCCUGGAUUAUAGGUACUAUUCACUCAGUGAUUCAGUUGGCUUUUGUUGUAGACCUGCCUUUCUGUGGCCCUAAUAAAUUAGAUAGUUUCUUUUGUAAUCUUCCUCGAUUUAUCAAACUGGCUUGCAUAGAGACCUACACAUUGGGAUUCAUGGUUACGGCCAAUAGUGGAUUUAUUUCUCUGGCUUCCUUUUUAAUUCUCAUAAUCUCUUACAUCUUUAUUUUGGUGACUGUUCAGAAAAAAUCUUCAGGUGGUAUAUUCAAGGCUCUCUCUACACUGUCAGCUCAUGUCAUUGUGGUGAUUUUGUUCUCUGGGCCAUUAAUCUUUUUCUAUAUUUUUCCAUUUUCCACAUCACAUCUGGAUAAAUUUCUUGCCAUCUUUGAUGCAAUUAUCACUCCUGUUUUGAAUCCAGUUAUCUAUACUUUUAGGAAUAAAGAGAUGAAGGUGGCAAUGAGAAGACUAUGCUCUCAA